UGUAAUUGUCUGAAGGAUCGACCACGUAUAAGGACUAAGGACGCAAAAUUGAACAGAUAGAUUCCCUUGAGUUCGUUGACAUCAACGAAAUUGUCAAUAACAAAUUAAAAUGAACCUGGCCCGUGCUCUGCGGAUCUGCGCCGUCCGUUCAUUGAAGGAACAUGCGCAGAACACUGCAUUGCUACAAAAUCAACUUCACUCCGUAGCUUUCCUCGAAUACAUAAAGAUAAUUCACCAUAAUCAUUUAGUAAAAGCAACGUAAUGCUCCGAAGGAUAUCCUGAAAGUGCCACAGUUUAUUAGUGAAAAUCGUGAUAAUGUUCAGGUGAUCUACGAAAUGAGAUAAGGAUUUGAGAAUAAACAUUCUGGUUUUUCGUGAACGGAAUUACCAUGGACAACGAGCAGCCGCAUCAGGAGCUGGUGAAAUGCGUGGUGGUCGGCGACACGGCCGUCGGCAAGACGCGUCUCAUAUGUGCCCGGGCGUGCAACAAGCACGUAUCGCUGUCUCAGCUGAUGACUACACAUGUGCCUACAGUGUGGGCUAUUGACCAGUACCGCAUCUAUAAAGACGUGUUGGAAAGAUCUUGGGAAGUAGUAGACGGUGUCAACGUGUCGCUCCGGCUGUGGGACACUUUCGGGGACCAUGAGAAGGAUAGAAGAUUUGCUUACGGGAGGUCAGAUGUAGUGCUACUAUGCUUCUCAAUAACCAAUCCUAUAUCGUUGAGAAAUUGCGGAGCGAUGUGGUAUCCAGAAAUAAGGCGAUUCUGUCCCAACACACCGAUUCUUCUAGUGGGGUGCAAGAAUGACCUGCGAUACAUGUACAGAGAUGAAACAUAUCUGAGCUACUGCAAGGACCGGAGCCCUUUCAUCAGAACCCCGCGAAAAAGCGACCUAGUAAUGCCAGACCAAGGGCGCGCUCUAGCGGCCGAAUACGGCAUAUAUUACUACGAGACAUCAGUGUUCACUUAUUACGGCGUGAACGAGGUUUUCGAGAACGCGAUCCGCGCGGCGCUCAUAGCGCGCCGCCAGCAGAGGUUCUGGAUGACUAAUCUGAAGAGGGUGCAGCGGCCUUUGCUACAGGCUCCGUUCAGACCUCCGAGACCCCUGGAACCGGAUGUGGUUCCGGUGAACUCCAGCUAUUUGGAAAACACGGCUACAUUGUUGCGUCAACAGUAUUUCUCCGACAUGGUAAUAAUAUGCGGUGCGAAAGGGUUCCCCGUGCACCGAUUCAUGAUGGCGGCGGCCUGCGAGGCGUUCCAUAGGCUGCUGACCACCGACUGCGGACGCUCCGCUGAACUAGCUCGCUCCUCCAGCGAGAGCAGCAUGGUGAGCAGUAUGGGCGAGGCGACGACGGGAGACUUCAAUGAGGACACGGAAUAUCUGAUUCGGCAAGACCAAGCGAAACAAAUGAGAGUGUGGGAUCAAAUAAAGCGGCGGUCGUCCUGUCAGAUCCUGACCCUGAGCGACAGCUGCAAGAAACCCCCAGACCUGUAUAGGGAGGUCAACCAUCCCGCCAUCAACUCUAUUAGAGUGGUCAAGUGCGACAAAAUCCAACACGCAACAUCGUCAACACAGACUAUAGUCACUAUGAGCAAACUGAUCUCACAGACAGUCAUGCAAGAAAUCAUCAACUUCGUAUACUCGGGCACGCUCGACGGUACGGCCUUCAAACAACAGUCCGCUGCAAUUGGAUUAUUACUGGAAAUACGCCAAGCGGCAGAGUUGCUCGGCUUCCAUGAACUCACGAAGCUCACGCAAUUCAUAUUGGACCAGCAUCUGCUGUUCGACAAGGUGUUCAUGCAGAAGUUUCACAUGCCAAUACCACAACGGCUGCGAGAAAUGUACGUUGAGCGCAACCUGUUCACGGACAUUACCUUCGACCUGGACGACGGUAUUCAUCUGGCUCACAGAGCUAUCCUCAUGGCUCGGUGCGAUCCCAUGAAAGCCAUGUUUCAGGGACACUUCAGAGAAAGCACUAGCAGAGUGAUCUCAUUCCCCGGCGUGAAAAUGUACGCGUUCCACAUCCUACUCUGCUACAUCUACUGCGACAACAUUCCCGUUGUGGAACCGACUCGUUGUGUGGAACUGCUUGAACUGGCUAACCGGUUGUGCAUGAACCGCCUGGUUAACUUGGUGGAGGCACGAGUUAUUGAUCGACUGCGGCAUCAAGACAGAUUAUGCGGAGAAGACGAUCAAAUUGUUGAAAUAGUACUUUCAUUGUUGGAGCCUGUAAAGUUGCACAACGCACACAACCUAGCAGACUGGUGCAUAUGGCGUCUGUGCGGUGCGUACGACCGCGUAUGCCGCGCGCGUGCGUUACGUCACAUUGGUGCUGCCUCUAGGGACUACCUGUCUGAGAACCGCUGGCCGCCGGUGUGGUAUGUGAAAGAGUACGACUUCUACCAGAAGUGUGUGACGGAGCAAUCUAAGGAGCAGAAAGAGAUUCGGCCCGCUACUUCUGUGCAAGCGAGCCAGCAGACAGGCUGUCUCUGUUUCACCAGUAAGACUCGGCGUGAGAGCGACAGCGUGACGCCGGAAUCGAGCGCGCUGUGCCGCCGCGAGACGCCGCACCAGCCGCUCUGACCCAUGCCGUGCUGGAGGUCUCUCCGCUACGCUGUGUUACUACCAGUGUCAAUGUGUUUUAUGACAACUAUACUGACUAUACUCAUACUUUUCCACCUUUACAACUAAUAUAACACGCGGUAGACAUAGUUUACCUAGACUACGCACUCGACUAGGACACAGACUGCUAUAAUUAUGUCACCAUCUAGGUGUAAACUGCACUAAGAAUCAUUAAAGUUUUCGACAUUGGAAAGGCAAACCAAAAAUUAGCUACAGAAUGUAAGUAUAGGUAGACAAAACGAACAUUGGGCUAAUUCGAUUUUUCUUGUAGUUUUUCUGUCUCGUAAGCCAGGGGACUUCUUUGACAAGAUUCUCUCAAAAACUCCUAUCAUACAUGCUACAUAAUUGAAAUGCGUGGAACUAGUGCGGUGCGGGAAUGCGGUAGGUAGGCGUGACCCUGGGGACACAACUGUGGCAGAAACUACAAUAAAAUUGAAUCGGCCCAAGUAGCAAAAUAAUUUUUAGAUCUUUCUAGAUGUUUGUUUAUUUGAUUUGUCUUUCCACUGCCGAUUUAAACGCACAUAAAAAGUAAAAAAUAACAAAAUGAGCUAAUUUAACCUAUUAAGAAAAUUGUAAACUCCUUUAAUUUAAUCCUUUUUUACAAAAAAAUAGAUCUUUUUGAUAUAACAAUGUUCAUGUCCUUAGGGUCACGAGACG